ACUCAUGGAUCAGAAUAGGGAUGGAUUUAUCGACAAGGAGGACUUGAAAGAUACCUACGCCUCCCUAGGCAAGACUAAUGUUAAAGAUGAUGAGCUGGAUGCUAUGCUGAAGGAGGCCUCAGGCCCCAUCAACUUCACAAUGUUCCUGAACCUGUUUGGAGAGAAGCUGAAUGGGACGGAUGCAGAGGAGACGAUACUGAAUGCCUUUAAGAUGCUGGACCCAGAUGCCAAAGGGAGCAUCAACAAGGAUUAUAUAAAGCGGCUGCUGAUGUCCCAGGCUGACAAGAUGACUGCAGAAGAGGUUGACCAAAUGUUCCAGUUUGCUUCCAUUGAUGCAGCUGGAAACCUGGACUAUAAAGCUUUGAGUUAUGUCAUCACCCAUGGGGAGGAGAAGGAAGAAUAGCAAGACU